ACCCCCUGCGUAGCCAUUCGUUGACUUCCACGAUUCGACGUUCUCUACCUAGGCCUUUUCCUUCCACAGCAAUACACCACUGCCUCAGUCUUCUCGGUCGGAUGGCACCAUAUACCUUGGUAGUUCAGCAUGCCAGAUUACACCUCAGAAAGCUGCAGGCAUGGCUAGCAUCAGUGCAUUCCCCAAGUUGCCACCAUUUAGAGAAAAUGGUUUGAGUGCCAACAUUAGUUUUGUCAUCUCUAGAUUGGUGGGUGGACCCUCUAAAAGUUUGCGUGGGGGAUUCCCUUUCUUACCCCACUACCAACUCUUAUUCUCAUCACAGAUGUGUCUCCUCUGGGUUGGGGAGCUCAUAUGGGGUCCCUGCAGACUCAAGGUCUUUCAUCAUUUCGAGAUUUAGAGACUCUCAUAAACAUCAGGGUGUUAAGAGUAGUACGUUUAGCCUGUGUGGCCUCCCUCCCCACAUAGUGGGGGAAAAAAAUAAUUCUGACAGUUUGACAGGUAAUGUUUAUAUAAACAGGAUGGGCAGGAAGUAGUUUGCCUCGGAGACUUCUGUAUAGACAACUUAGUUCAUUUCAGAGCUGCUUACCUUCCAGAGAAACAGACCACGUUAGCGGAUUAGCUGAGCAGAUCCUUCUGCAAUCAGCGUCAGUGGUCACUACAUCCAUAUGUGGUCAGGUCCAUCUUCCAACUCUGGGGGACUCCCAAGUGAACAAGGAAUGUCAGCAGCUCUGUUCCCAAGGGAGACUCAGCCAAGGCUUGCUGACAGAUGCCUUUCUUCUGUCCUGGAAGAAGUCUCUCCUGUGUGCUUUCCCUCUGAUUACUUUCCUUCCCAGAGACCUCUUAAAGUGAAACAAGACCAUGCUCAUCUCUUCCUUAUAGCACCAGCGUUUCCUUAUUAAUACUGGUACUUGACCCUGAUAUCGUUGUUGGUUACACUGCCCAUUGGAUCCAGACGUAAUUUCCCAGGACCAUGAGCGCCUGUUUCAUCCCAGUUUGGCAGCAUGGAUGCUUUUAUGACUGACACCCUUUGAAAAGUCCUUCUCAAACGAUAUUCAGAAAGUGCUUUUGAAUAGCAUAAAACCCUCAACUAAGAGCACUUUCCUGGUGUGAAGUGGAAGCACUUCUCCACCUGGUGUUGUGUGAAAGGCGUAUUUCCCUAGCGGGUACCCUUGGGCCUCAUGCUGGAUUGUCUACUAUAUCUAAAACAGAGUUUGCUAUUAACUCAGUAAAGAUGCAUUUAGUGGCUAAUUCAGCCCUCAAUGUCUUGGUGGAUGAUAGAUCCCUUCACACACCAUCAUCACCCAAUUCCUACCGUGCUUGGUCAGAUUAUACCUCCCCAUUCAAGACCACAUCCUUCCUUGGGAUCUGAACUUAAUUCUAGCAAAAUUCAUUGGGACCCCACUUUGAGCCCCUGGUAGCUUGUUCCCUCUUUCACCUUUCCAUGAAGGUAGCAUUUCUCAUGGCACUUAACUUAGCCAGAAGGGUGGGAGAGUUGAGAGCUCAGGUGUCAGAGCCCCUCUACGGUUUUCCAUAAGGAGAAAAUACAUCUCCAUCCUCAUCCAAAACUUCUCACGAAAGUAGUCUCUAAUUUUCAUGUUAACCAAGCAAAAAUCUGCUUGCCCAUGUUCCUUCCAAAACUCCAUGCACAUAGGGAUGAGGAAAAGCUUCACUCCUUGGAUGCAAGAAGGGCUUUAGCUUUCUACCUGGACUGGACUAAAUCUUUUAGAUCCUCUAUGCAGUGGUUUGUAGCAGUUGCAAACAGAGCUAAGGGCUAAACAGUUUCCGCUCAGAAAAUCUCAUCUUGGAUCUCUUCAUGUAUUCGUUUAUGCUACCCACUGGCUAAUACAAUCCCUCCAGCUAGAGUAUUGGCACAUUCUACCAAAGCGCAGGCACCUUUUGCAGCUUUACAAUCUGCACUUGCAUCAAGAGACAUUUGUAAAGCAGCCUCUUGGUCUUCAGUCCACACUUUUACUUCUCAUUAUGCCAUUUCCUGUCAGUCCAGAGACAGUGUCAUUUUCAGAUGGAUGGUCUUACAAUCUCUGUUCAGGUAGACUCCGAACCCACCUCCAUGUGUCUUUGAUUGUUACCUACAGUGGAAUGGAUGUGUGCAAUCACUUGAAGAAAAAAAAAUAUUACCUACUGUUCUGUCACUGUUCUUUAAGAUGGGUUGCACAUGUGCAUUCCACACUGGAGUCUGUCCAGUAUGAAGGAACUGAGAGGGGUUGGGGUGGCUCUGCCCUUUUAUACCAGCAUGCAGUAGCGUGUGGCAAUAGAGGGCGCUCCUGCAACUCUGAUUGGUGCCACUGAGGGACAAAAAUCUCCAACAUCUGUGCAUGGGGCAUGCAUGCAUCUACAGUGGAAUGUACAUGUGUGACACAUCUUAGAGAACAACAGUUUCAAAAAGUGUUUGUAUUUUCUGAUCUUAUGGUGGAUGAUCAGUCGGGGUAUCCCAGAGAAUUCAGAGAGAAAUAUAUCAUGUCAAAGACUUUGGGAAGUGGUGCCUGUGGAGAGGUUAAAUUGGCAUUUGAGAGGACCACGUGUAACAAAGUUGCUGUAAAGAUAAUCAAUAAACGGAGAUUUAUAACAAGCGCUGUGAGUGACACAGAUUCAGCUUUUAAUGUUAAUACAGAAAUUGAGAUUUUGAAGAAAAUAAAUCAUCCCUGCCUAAUCAAGAUAAAAAACUUCUUUGAUGCAGAAGAUUAUUAUAUUGUUUUGGAAUUGAUGGAAGGAGGAGAGUUGUAUGACAGAGUGUCGAGAUCAACCAAGAUGAAAGAAGCUACCUGCAAGCUCUAUUUUUAUCAGAUGUUGUUGGCUGUAAAGUAUCUUCAUGAAAAUGGUAUUAUACAUCGGGAUCUAAAGCCAGAGAAUGUGCUACUUUCAUCUUCUGAAGAAACUUGUCUUAUAAAGAUUACAGAUUUUGGACAAUCCAAGAUUCUUGGAGAAUCAUCACUAAUGAGAACAUUAUGUGGUACUCCCACGUAUCUCGCCCCUGAAGUUCUCAAUUCACUUGGGACAGCUGGGUAUAGCCGUGCUGUGGACUGCUGGAGUUUAGGAGUUAUUCUUUUCGUAUGCCUGUGUGGAUAUCCACCAUUCAAUGAACAAAAUACUCAGCUAUGUCUGAAAGAUCAAAUUACCCGUGGAGAAUAUACAUUUAUUCCAAGAGAAUGGAAGCAUGUGUCAGAUAUGGCUUUGGAUCUUGUGAAGAAGCUGUUAGUAGUGGAUCCAAAUAAACGUCUUACAACGGAAAAAGCCUUAGAACAUCCUUGGCUUCAGGAUGAAAAUAUGAAGAGCACAUUUCAAAAGCUACUCUCACAAACAAGAGUCUCUAUGCAUCCACCACAGACAUCAAGACUGGAUUAUAUGAGCUUGCUGAUUGGGGAGGCCAUUGCCAGUUCCCACUGUCUUGCAGAUAACGUAAGGAUCAUCCCAUCCUUAAGACAGUUCCUUGAUCAGACUUUUUGUGCAUCAUCCCUCAGAGUGUUCAUCUGGUUGGUGUCAGUCCAGGAAAAAUUGACACAUGAGGGGGCUUUGAUGUAACCAGGACAAAUAAAACCAGGACAACAAAUCCAACAACAACCAGAAAACGUCCCCAUGAAAAGGAAGAGGAAUCUGGCUCUUCUAAGCAUGCUGUUCCUUCUACAUCAUUUCAGGAAAAAAAGUGAAAGAAAGUACAUUUACUUGAAUUGCUGUUUUUGUCUAUCGAUUAUACAGAUUUUUAUAAGAAAUGUUUUUCUCUUAAUAAUGGAAUAAUUGUUCUGUACUAAUAAUUGAUAAAUAAAAAUAACUUUGUAAGAA